UUUUUUUUUUUUUUUUAUUAUUAUUUUUGUCGCUGAGCGUCCUUACGCAAGCGGUGACGAACGUCGUCGUCGACGUCCACGACUCCGAAGACGGCGUCCGGACGCCCGACGGGAAGGUUUAACCGCGGCCGCCGAACAGCCCCGACGACAUCGUGGCUCUUUUUUCUCCAUGGGCGACCAAAGAGGAGCGGGCGGAACCGCGUAAAAUGAGACCAAAAGCCACCCCGACCAUGUCCUCCACGCAAGAAAACGAGGCGGAGGUCCAGUCGACGUCCGCCGACCCGGCGCUCAUCCUGGAGCUGAAGACCCGGCGGCCGCCCUUCCUGGAAGGGCGACCCGGCUGCGAGACGUGGAGCGUGGACUUCUCCCCCGACGGAGCCUGGUUCGCCUGGUCAAUGGGCCACGGGAUCGUGUGGGUGGUCGCCUGGCCCCUCGACUCCGAGGAAGGUCAGAGCGGCGAGGUGGACCGAGCGGACAAGAGCUACAGUUGCGGCCAGCCGGUUUGGGCUCUGGCCUUCGGACCGCGACCCGCAAAGUCAGAGAAGCCGCCGUCGACGGGGAACAACAGCGGCGCUCUCCUCCUGGCCACAGGCUUGGAAAACGGCGUUAUCAAAAUGUGGAACGUUCUCACGGGCGUGUCCGUGUUGGAGCUUCAGGGGCACGAGGGCGUGGUGCGGAACCUGAUCUUCCCCCCGAACGGGACGCUCACGCUCGUGUCGUCUUCCCGUGACAAGACGCUCAGGGUCUGGGACCUGCCGCACAAAGGCAAGAAGGUCCAGGUGCUGUCCGGCCACAAAGACUGGAUCAGCUGCUGCUGCGUAUCGUCUGACUGCAGCAUGAUGGCCACCGUGGGGCGUUUCGACAGGAUGGUCUGCCUGUGGAGCCUGCGCUCGUACACUUACAUCCGCAACCUGACGGGCGGCGCCCGCAAGACUCUCUACCUGCUGUCGGCGUGCGACUUCUCCCCGGACGGCGCGCUGCUCGCCACGGCCGCCUUCAGCGGGGCCAGCUGGUGGAUCGACCUGUGGGACCCGUACACGGCGCAGAAGCUCGCCACCCUCACAGACUACUUUGAGGAGUACGGCCAAAACCAGAUCUCGUCCAUUCAGUUCUCCCCCAGCGGCCUGCGCCUGGCCAUCGUGACGGACGACAGGGCACUCGGCAUCUGGGAGCCCGGAAAGUCGGGCCUGAGCACGCGGACCGAACCCGACCGCGACUCCAACGGCCUGUGCUGCAAGUACCAUCCGCGGGGGGGGGUCGUCGCCACCGGGACCCGCGACGGCCACGUGAGGUUCUGGCGGGCGCCCCCGGCCGUGCCGGCCCUUCGCCACCUGUGCCGCGCCGCCUUGCGCCACUCGGUGUCCACGCACCAGCUGGAGCCGCUGCCGCUGCCCAAGCGCAUCCUGGACUUCCUCAGCUACCGCGACCUCUCUUCGCACGUUUCCCAUUGAUUGCCGGGAGGGACGCAAAAAUGGAUUUUGGGGGAAGAUUCCGGAAAUGAUCGUGGAGAAUAUUGCACGAGCGCUACUUGAUCCCACUGCUAAUUUAUUUGAUUGUACAAAGGAAGUUGUGUUUUUACGUCGUCGUGCAAAAGGACGCGUGACCGCACGUUACAUACGACAGGAAUAACUUUUAUUUAAAAACCCUAAAACACAUUUUCUUGAUAUUUGUGCUUACUAUGGACAAUCGCUGGGUGCUUUCGUACUUUGGAUUCUGAAAGAUUUUGUUACUGACAUUCUAAAAUACAAAUAUUAAUCACUUUGACGAUAACGCCAGUCUGAAAAAGUGAGCUCGCAGCAAAGUUGCGCAAGCCCGACGAGGCGCAACGGGCAUCCCGGCGGCGGCGGCGGCGGCGUUGUCUGCGACGUCACGAGCGGACGUCCCACCGGCGCCGUCGCCUCCUGCUGCGGCAGACGAACCAAUGAGCCAUUUUGGGAUUUUCAGGAAGAAAACAUCUCCGAUGGGUUCGGAGGGAAGGACUCGAUUACGUUGUGGUGACUCAACGUCGUUUGGCCAGUUAGCUGGCGUUACGCGCGACUCAACCCUUCUAUUUUGUUGUUGUUUCGUGCGUGAUUAAAUUGUCUUCAACGCCAUACAAGUGCUUUGUUAUAUUUUACCGGUUUGACCGAGGGGACUGAUUCAAAGUGAUGACAGAACAUAUGCUAUAAACUGACAAAUGAGUCCCACGCCAACUAUUUUUUUUUUUUACUAGCUCUAUACACGCCUACCUGUGAUUUCGAACCCACAAAGCCCUCGUCCUUCGCAAUUCAUUUUUCACGACGAACCGGGUCUUUUGGAAACGUGUAAAGAGUGAAUUCAAAAUCCGGCAACACGACGAGCCGACAUUUUGGCUAACGCGUCCAAAAAAAACAAAACAAAACGCUAAUUUCCCGCCGGUACAACCGGUAAAUACACAAAUGCCUCGAGAGAAAAAAAAUUCAAUAUACGGCAACAUUUUGACAUGUUGUGAACAAACAGAUGAGUCCAUUCCGGCUGAUUUUUUUUUUUUUUUUUGGUUAACAACGUACUAAAUUUCUAGUUUUUGGUGUCAGUGGCACUUUAAAUAUCGAUAUUUUUUUAACAAAAAAGUACAAGGGAAAAUGUUGUAAACUGCAUUUUAAGGGGUUAUUUUGAUUGGAAAUGUCAUUUUUAGAAUGAGGAAGACAUUUUU